AUGGGAGCGGCUGACUCUAAACUAGCAUUCAAAAAAUGCGUCUUUCGUCUAUUUGAAGAGCGUAACAUUCCAUCUUGUGAUAACGACUACUGGGAACAGUUUUGGACUUUGCCAGAAUGUGCCGAUGAUGUUUUUUUGCUCGUAGGAGCGCAGGACAUACGACGCGUACGAGAUAAUGCCCAAGAAAACCUAAAAUGCCUUAUUGGAAAGGUGCUCGCUCGACUCUUUUGGCUAUGCAAUUCCAGAGACUUUUUGAAAGAGGAUGCACCAGCGAUUCAGGUCCUUAAUUGCAUUCGUAUCUUAGCCCGACUAUUUCCAUUUAUCUUUGAAUCUGAGGACAUGGCGGAUUGGGAAGAACACUAUUUCUGGAGAUCUGCUGAUACUGCAAUGAGCGAUACUCAUCAAAUGUACUCGCAUCAUCUUAGUUCAUCCAGUGCGCCAAAGCAGGAAGAAAGAACAGGGCCUACAUAUGGACAGCUAUUAAUCAAAUCAUUAGUGGAUCUGCUCUUCACCUCCGGAUUCACUCUUCCUACUGCUUUGGAAACUCGGACCCGUGUGAGCUACGUCAUAUGGGAAACUGGCAUUGGAGCGUCAAACCCGAUUGGUACUUCCAAGGAGCUAGAUGACAAUAGGACAGAAGUUUUACGAUUACUUCUUAUUUUAUUUUCAAAAUCCAUGUACCUUUCUCCCGCCAAUAUUGCUACAACGGAAAACCACUGGAUCAAUACUGUUGCGACUGGACUAGACCGUCAGAGGACAAUAGCCGUUCUUUGCAGUCUGAUUAAUUCUGCUCUUAAAUACAACCCAUCUGGUUGGGGUUUACCAUAUAAUCAUGUCAUGUUCAGUGAUGAACGAGAGUUACUUGCAAUGCUCUGCUUGCAAACCAUUGUGGCGCUGUUAGAUUAUCGAGUGAUUGAGAAGCCGCUAGGUGAUCCGUGUAAUAUAUUCUGCCAUUACCUGUCCCGCUUGCAUCGUGAGCAAGACUUCCUGUUUUUAACUGAUGGAAUGUACCGUAUUCUUAGCAAUCCGAUGGUCGCGAGUAGCACAUACCUUCCAGGAUCUACAAAACAAGCCAAGUGUCAUCAUGAAACACUCAUGCUAUGCUGGAAAGCAUUGGAGAUCAAUAAGCGUUUCCGCGACUAUCUUUACCAAACGAACCGGGUUUUAGAUAUUGUAAUCAUUUUGCUAUAUUUCUCGCUUGAGAACAAGCAGGAAGCAUCGCAAAUUGGCCUUCUUCAGAUGUGUGCACAUAUGCUUCAGACCCUAUCCAAGGAUAAAACAUUCGGUAAUUGCUUAAACAAAGCUUUCGAUAGGCACGCGUCCUUACCUGCCAAUGUUAGGAUCCGGCGCUUUCAUGGCACCUACGGUGACUAUCUUAUUUGUUCUGUGUACAGCCUAAUCACCACCACAAAGCAUUCCCUUAGAUCCCUUUAUUCUGCUCUUAUCUCAACAAUUGCCAACGUUUCGCCCUAUCUCAGGAAUCUUUCGCUCCUUUCAACAAGUCGGCUAUUACAGCUGACUACAUCGUUUGCAUCUUCCUCAUACUUGCUCGCUGAAGAGGCAAAUCAUGAAUUCCUUGGAAUCUUCCUCGAUGCGAUAUGUAGUAUCCUCUACUAUCAGGCACCUUACAAUCCUCAUUUGAUCUAUACACUUGUCCAGUAUGAGCCCAAGAUACAAACAAUGGCUGGGUUUACACUGCAACGUGGACUGCGCGAUAUAAACAAG